AGAUACCAUUUACAUUUAUGUGGUUCAUAGUGCAUAGAGCAUACAGUCCUCUCUCUCUCUCCUCCGUGUCUGGGUCUUUGCAACUUCAAAGAGUGACAUGGCUUCUAUUGUUGCUCACUUGCCUCCCCCAUUGUUGGUACAUGGUAGAAAAAACGUUUUCAGAACACCACAGAAACUGCCAAUUUCUUCCAUUAAAGACAGACAGAAUGGUGUUGCUGUUACUGUAAAGGCCACUGGGGAAGGCUCUGAGUCUUCUACGUCCCUUAGUAUUGUUAAGUCUUUUAAAAAUGUUUGGGGUGACUCUGAAGAUCGGUUGGCUCUUGUUGGUUUGGGGUUUGCAGCAAUAGUCGCGCUUUGGGCUUCAGCAAAUGUGAUCACGGCCAUUGACAAGUUGCCGCUCCUCCCAAGUUUCCUAGAAUUUGUCGGGAUACUGUUUUCUUCGUGGUUUAUAUAUCGCUAUCUCCUAUUCAAACCUGAUAGGGAAGAGCUUUUUCAAAUCGUUAACAAGUCAAUAUCAGAUAUUUUGGGUCAGUGAAUUUGCUGUCACGUAAUCAACAACUCCUUCCAACUGAGGGUGUGUAUUUAGUAAACAUUUGGUCCUCUUUUUGGAGGGGGCAGGGGGGAUGAUAUUUGUAUUAGAGUGGCAAUAUGACCACCAUCUUCUGUACUAGGUAUACAUGAUGAAAUUCAUGAUCUUACUAUUUCAACUGAAAUUUCAGUAUGUGAUGGUGUUCACAAUC